AUGUCUGGCCAGACCAACCCCCAGGGUUGGACUGAGCACGAAGUGCUUGUCUACCUCCUCAACGUCAUCGAUACCACCGGCGUGCAACUCGACUACAACAACGCUCCUGUCCCCGCUGGUCGCAACGUCAACGGCUGCCGCCAGAAGAUCAACAAGACCAAGGUCGCGUUGAAGCCCGAGAUGGACGCCAUCAAGGCUGGAGUUCCUCUUGCUGGUGCCGCUGAUGGCACUCCUACCAACACCCCCACCAAGAAGGCGGCCACUCCUCGCAAGCGCAAGGCCAAGGUCGAUGAGGAGGGCAACGAGACUGAGGUCACUCCCAAGAAGGGUCGUGGCCGUACUAAGAAGAAGCUUCCCACUCCUGAGAUCGAGGAAGACAUGGAGGGUGAGGGUGUCAAGACCGAGGUCAAGGAUGAGGAUGACGACGACAUCCUGAAGGAGGCCGAUGAUAUCUGA